CUCUUAACUUAACUGUAUAGUAAUGGUGAAAUUGUCAAGAGUCCUGCAAAUUCGCUCUUUCUCCUCUCUCCGUCUCGUCGAUGAUGGCGUCUACAGUAGAGCAUUCGACUUGUAAAAACCAAUCAAAAUCAAACAAUCUCUCCGUGACCGGGAACACAGAACUCGAUAACUGGAUUCGGGUCAUCGAGUACAUUGCGAAAUUCAAAAACGAGCUCUGGAUGCUUCACGAUGUGUUUGAAAUGGGACCGAAGCAGCUUCCUGAGAACCUAGGUGAACAGACCAAUGAGAUGGUAGCUUUCAGAUGCUUAGCGUCUUUGUUUGAUUCCUCCACUUCUACAAAUGAUGUUGUUUCUGAUGCUGAGUUAAGGAUAGAGUUUGAUACAUCUCAGAGCUGUGAACAUGUACUUCAAUGUAUAUUAGAUGAGAUACCCUUGUCGGAGCUGAAACCAGGUGCACAGGGACUGUCAAAGUGGAAUCUUCUGCCCUUUAUCCAAAGCAAGCUUCUUUGCUUGCCAAAAUGUGCUUUGGAACUGAUGAUUGAAAGUGAGAAUGAUGCGGAAGUGUCCCCUUGUAAUGGGGAAGAGGAUAUGAGAAUUGAUGGCAAUGAGACCGAUCAAGUUACAUCUCCAAUGGCUGAUCCAGAAUCGUUUGGGCAUGGCCCUGUAGAUGGGGCUGAUGAGACUAGUAGAUCCCACCAUAGCCCUCCUGGAGAGGGAGCUGAGAUUUGUAGAUCCCAGGCGUCUCUCGAAAACAACGGAAGUGAUUGCUAUGUGUCAAGUCCCUCAGAGAAUAAUGUAUACAGGUGCAUUCAAUGCAAUCAGAGUGGGAAGCUCUUGUUCUGCUCUCGGGAUGGCUGUACAGUCAUGGUUCAUGAGAAAUGUGUUGUGGAUUCGCCGCCUGUUUACGAUGACGCUGGGAACUUCUACUGCUCUCUCUGUGCUUUGGGCUGUGUUUCAGCUGAGUAUCUCCAGUCUCAAGAGGAAGUUGCUAAAGCCAAGAAGAAAUUGCUUUCGUUUCUUAGUCUAAUGUCAAAUGUUAACAAGAAGAAACCCAUUUGAAGGUUAAAAGCCUUACUCAUUAAAGGAAAUUUACAUUUGCACUUGGUCUC